AUAAAUUCUUCGUCAUCAUCAGUGUUCUUCAAUCCUUCCCUUCUAGUUCAAGUCGAGAACUCGAAGCUCAGCAGAGUUGGCAUCUCUACGAGUAUGGCUUCACUCCGUCUUCUUUGCAUCCCCAACAACAACAACACAGAAACUCAGUUCCAUUCCCAUAUCUCUGCUUCUUCCACCUUUAUCAUGCCUCGUAGUUGUAGCUUUCCCAACUCUCUUAAACUCGCCAAAACUAUCAAUAAUAAUAAUACCAAUUUCCUUCUCCAUUUCUCUGCCAUUCCCCAUGACCAAGCCCAGGCUCUUGAGUCUUCUCCUCCGGUACUGACUCAAAGCGAAGAACUUGAGUCAGAUUAUAAAGAUAGAUUCAGAUUGUAUGCCCAGAACGUGCCUUGGGAUUAUACGCCCCAAGAUAUUCGUGCUCUUUUUGACAAGUAUGGAACUGUUGUAGGCGUUGAGCUUUCUAUGUAUAACAAGACCAAAAACCGGGGCUUGGCAUUUGUUACAAUGGGUUCACCUGAGGAGGCUCUUGCGGCUCUCAAUAAUCUGCAAUCGUAUGAAGUGGAGGGUCGUGUUCUAACACUUGACUAUGCCAAACCAAGAAAGAACAAAUUUGUUCAACCUAAGCCAGAAGUCACAUUCAAUUUGUUCGUAGCAAAUUUGUCAUUUGAAGCAAGAGCUAAGGAUCUCAGAGAGCUGUUUACCAAUGAGGGUCAUAGUGUAGUUUCUGCACAAGUUAUAUUCUAUGAUGAAAAUCCAAGAGGGUCCUUGGGAUAUGGAUUUGUGUGCUUCAAAUCCAAGAAAGAAGCUGAGGCAGCUCGUACUUCUGUUCAAGGAAAGUUGUUCAUGGGAAGACCGAUUCGAAUCGAACUUAGUAGAAAAUUUGUGAAACAAUCAGCCAAAGAGAGUACUACAGAGUGUGAAGAAGAUACUUCACUGGAGUUGAGCUCUGGUAUAGAAGUAUAGAUGUGAGAUUUUGCUUAAUAGUUUAUUGAGAAGAGGGUUUGAAGAAGCAGUGGCAAGGCUGAUGUGAGCUGAUAAGCUGUGUAAACGCUCCUCUGCUAAUAAAGUUUUUUUAUUUGUAUUGAGCUUUUUUGGGUAGUGUUGCUAUUUGACACCUUAAGGUAUCCAAUAACACACGAGGUGACACCUUAUGGUUGGUUAACGAUAUCUUAUAAUAUCUAUUAAAUUCAAAUAUGUGGGACCUGAUAUUAAAUUGUAUUAAUAGCGUUAUGACACCUUUUUAUAGUGUUGGGCACCAGUGAUGCCCCUUAGCAUUUAUCUUUUUUUGGGGUGUUUGCUUAUUAUUAUGUAUUUCUUUUUGUUAA